UAACGACAUUACUAUAUUGUAAUUCACGUUAACCAGGAAUACCGGAUGCUAACUGACAAGAGUUUUCAUAUAAACGAUCGCUCGAAAAUCCAAGAUAUCUGUCAAAAGCCAACCCUAUUAUGACUAAGAAAUAAAUUGCUUCACAUUGUCAUCCAAUUCGGAAAUGUUAUUGAUUUGGAGUGUACUGAUCCCCAUUGUAUGUUUAUGGACGGUUGGCAUAAUUUUCAUGUGGUCAUUUGAUAUUAACGAUUCGAUUAUUACCUAUUCACUGUUUGACUCGGUUUGCAAGAAUGUCUACUUUAAACAAUGUACACAGUCAAGAAGUUCAUGGCUUAAAUGCAUCGGAGAUAUAAACAGACCGAACAGACAACACAGACGGAACCACACAGAUCUAACGUCAAAAUGGCCACCGUCUUCUAUAGCUGGGUUGUUUGAUGAUGCGUUGCCAAUAAUCAAUCUUGCUUUACGUGUUCCAGUUGCUAAGAAUGCUGAGAAUCCUUUCGAUAGCCCAUACUAUCGAAAAUAUCUACGCCUCACCACAAGAAAUGAGGACAACAUAAUGAGAUCCCCGGGUCUCUGGUCAUCCGGAUACAAUUUAUUUCCUCAAACAUUAGAUUUUGACAAAGUGAUAUACGAUUAUGAAAAGGGUUUUCCAUCAACCACAUUGCCAAUAAACAAUCCGGACAUAUUAGUAUUACGACUGCCAAAAAGUAUUUGCAACCCAUGUGGGAGAGAACGUGUUCCUGACUUAAUUGUUGUGAUCAAAUCCUGUAGCUACUGUUCGAAUGAACGGGACCAUGCACGAAAUACAUUUAUGCAGAGGCACUUAUGGUCGAAUAUCACUGUCCAGUUCGUCUUUGUUGUGGGUAUACCCUAUCCAAAUGAAUCAAACAUGUUCACAUUUGGUAAUUAUAAAUUUCAACUGAGAAAUUCUUGGUGGAGGUUAUCGAGGAAGCAUGACAGAGAUAGAUGGACGUUUAUUAAACGACUUGCAAUGGAAGCAGAUUUUCACGAAGACAUUUUGGUUGGUUCUUUUCAUGAUACAUAUUUUAAUCUGACCACAAAACUCAUAUUUACAUUUCGUUGGUUGUCAGCACUUUGCCCGGAUUCAGUGCCGUUAUUCCUCUUUGUAGAUAAUGAUUAUGAUUUGGUUCCAUGGAAUGUGAUCAAGUUUUAUAGAAAUCACACAACAGAUUGUUUGAGAGAAUUGACUGGCGGGCUUCGACACAAAGUUUCCAUUGUUAUUAGACCAAGCUAUGAUGGUAAUAUAAGUAACGUUUGGGCGGUAAUGUUUAAGGAAUUCCCAUGGGCAAGAUAUCCUCCCUACUUUUAUGGGGCUACCUAUAUUUUGGGCUCGAAUAUCGUCAAACGACUAGCAAUUGCCAGUGCAUUUACGCAGCAUAUUCGUAUUGACGAUGCUUACUUGGGUAUACUCUUCAACAAACUGAAUAUUAUUCCUCAAAACCUUGACAUCAUUUCUCUCUCAAGUGGGAGACCUAAUAUAGAGUCAGGUGCAAUCAACGUACCACACUAUAUAAGUAAACGCAUAAUCGAUUGGAAGGCAGGUAAGCUCAGAUCCAAUCAUAGAUAAUACAGACGCUUGCUGUUGUCAAUAUAUACUUGUUUCAGUUUUCUUAUUCACUUUAUUUACCUAGAAUAUUUGAUUAUUUGAUAAGGCAGCCCAUCAUUUAUUACCAAUGCGAUCGCCAUAUCUGCCUGUAAAUCAUAUAUUUGGGUUAUUUUAUUUUAAUAUUUCGAUUAUCAACGUAAUUAUCUGUGAAUAAUUUUCAGUCGGAUGAAAUUGAAUUUGACUGAUUGUCUGAUUGGUUUCUUUUCACAAACUAAAUUAUUUUUAAUUAUCUUCCUGAAAAUAUUUUUUUAUCUAUUUGUAAUACUGUAUUGAUGAACUUAGAUGCUGUUCACUCUGCCGAUACUUUUCAAAUCGUCAUAUCCCGUGCUAUUACAAACAUGAAAUGUUUUCAAUAAUUGUUUUAUAUUGAAUAUAUUUCCCUUAACAUUUUUUACUUGUUGACUGGUGCGAGAUUAUUUUUACUGCAUUUCUGUGCUAUACGAAUGAAAUAUUUUUCGCUGUUUUCACUUUACUUUCGAGUUGAAAACAUAAAUUACGAAUGAUCUACUGGAUAGGGAUUGAUUUCCUUCAAUCUUCUGAUAAUAAUUAAUGUAGAUUUGCUUUUGUCUAAUGUAUGGUUAAUAUUUUUAACAAUGGCCAUGUAAACUGUGUGUUUAUUUGAAUGUUAGAUAAUUAUUUGCUCACCUGCGAUUUGAUUUCCAAUCGGUUUGCAUUGGUGAAUAUAUUUUCUUCUUCUUGGA